GAACGAAAUGUACCCGAACCCUAGAGAUACUUGAAGAGAUCCAGCUUAGCUACCCAUGAAGCCGAUUAGGGAUUCGAGAUCAACGAAGACCAUAGUAGGACGAGCUCCCGGAUCGACGAUUACUGGAACCGGAGUCCUACCUUCUUCCCUGUCUCCUCGCCGAUGGACGUGUCGGCCUCUGCUUCUACCGCCGCUGUCACUGAGAGGAGGGGCAUCCCCGCAGCUUCCUUCGUGGAGGACGUUGAAGCUUAUCUCAAGCAAUCCGGCCUUGAUGUCAACUCCUCUCUAGGUUUCCUCCAAGAAAGGCUUCAACAGUACAAAAUUGUGGAGAUGAAACUUUUGGCUCAGCAACGGGAUCUUCAGGCAAAAAUACCUGAUAUUGAGAAGUGCUUGGAUGUUGUUGCUAUGUUGGAAACGAAGAAAGCAGCUGAGGAGGCACUAAUUACUGAUUUCGAAGUGGCUGAAGGUAUUUACGCUCGAACAAAAAUUGAGGAUAACGAUUCUGUUUGCCUUUGGUUGGGCGCAAAUGUCAUGCUUGAGUAUUCCCUAGAAGAGGCAAAAUCGCUCCUAGAAAAGAACUUGGAAAAUGCCAAAGCCAGCCUAGAAGUCCUUGUUGGUGAUUUGCAGUUCUUAAGGGAUCAAGUGACCAUAACUCAGGUAACAGUUGCUCGAGUCUAUAAUUGGGAUGUUCAUCAGAGAAGAAUUAAACAAGCGGUAAAAGAAUCCAAAUCCUAAAGUUUUGCAUUAGCUUCCAGAACCAGCACUAUUUAUGCAUCAUAUCUGCGUCUUUACUCCGCACGAACAAAUGACUGAUUCGUCGAUGUCCAGCUAAGACAUUCAUUGUGAGAAUGUUUGAUGUGGUUUAUUGGAUUUAGUUUCGUGUUCAUAAACAAUUUUGUCACUGCAUGGGAUUUUUUUUUUUUUUUUUUUUAACGAAUCGUCAAAGGUAGGCAGCAUCCCACCCUUUGUAAAAUGAUAAUUUUUAGAGUGUUGUUCACGUGAUUAUUCUAUCUCCUAUCUAAUUGGAAA